CACAGAGGCUUAACCCACUGAGCCACCCAGGCGCCCCUGCAGCAGUUGGGUCGUAUUCCCAGGAGACGUUACCUCUGUGUCAUCUCAACCUCUUCCUUGUAGUGCUGCUGUUUGUCUGGUGUGGGUGAGAAGGACAAAAACAGGGACUGGAGCAGGGUCAGGCCUAAAAAGGAGAUAUAUUUAUAGCUAUGAUACAGUCCUCAGAGAUCACUGAGAGGAACCAGGAAUGGGAUACUUCAGGAAAGAACAUUGAGGACAUUAUGGAGGUACUCCAAGCUGCUGAUCAGUUGUCAACAGAUAAUGUCUUUAAAACUCUCAAGUUGCUGAAAGUUAAAAUUCUAAACAACAAGAUGGUACCUCCACUAUGCCAGAAGGUGACCGAUAUCUUCGUUGACUACCUGAGGACCAUGAAGCCGGAGGGAGAACUGGAGGAGCUGUGUACUACGGUCCUAAUGGCUCUGGGGUUCCAGUCUCUAGGAAUAGUCAUCUUCAAGCUGUGGGACAGAUGGCACAACACCUUGCCCCCAAACUGCCUCCUGACUGCAGUGGGGAGACUGAUCCACCGCCAGGAUGCAGCUUCAUACAUUGGGGUCACAUGGGAAUAUAUCCUGCGCCUUCUGAGGAUGGCCCAAACAGAGGAUGAUAUGUUGGCAUUAUGUCAUGUGCUCAAAGGACUGGUCAUCAGUGCCCGGAAACAUGUGGGUUUGUCCACUACAGAUGAUGGACAUCACAAAAGAGGCCGUGUCCUUCAAGGCUUAUCUCACCCUCUGGCUUCUCUUCAAUUGUUGGUCCAUAAAGACCAGCAACAAGGUGACAGAGCAAGCUAUGGUGAUAAUUGGUCACCUCUUCUUCCUCAUGCCAUCCUCCAAACUCAAGAACCAAGUGAACCGGUUAACCCGAUGGUUUAUGACUUUGGUAUCUGCAAAAGUGACACCUUUCUACAUUUCCCAGGUGAUUGGAAUGGGUGUAUUUACCAACUUAUUGAUGCUCUGGCUCUUAGUGGCUGUGGAGGUAUAAACUUGGAAUCCCAGAUGGAAAAUAUUACAGACAUGCUGUUCAAUCAGCUGAGUGAAACAGUCAAGGAGUCAGAUCCUCACUCUGCACGGAACCAUAUCAUUGCCCUGAAGGCUUUCUACAUCCUCUCCAAGUUAUACAAUGAUCAGGUGGUAUUCUUAAUACAAAAGACCAUGAAAACCAGUGAUCCAGCCAAGAUAGUAUCAGCCCUUCAAGUUUUCAUGGAUGUGUUCCCAGAAGUGCCCCAGACAGAGCAACUGAAGAAUGAAGUGAUGCAUUCCAUCAUCAUCAUGAUUCAGGACGAUCUCAAACCAAAUGAAGAGGACAUCCAACAAAUGUGUUCCGAAAUCCUACAGAUGGUGUCCUUGCCCAAACUGAUCACCUUGGCAUGCCAGCCCAGCAACACCUUGGCCUUCGUGCUGCUGAGUAAGAUAGCCACAAACAUGGCUCUGAAGGCCCGGUCCCUGGGCCAGGUUCCCUAUCUAAGCAGCUUCCACCUCAGCCCUACCCAGUUCAUCUCCCCACAGAAACUUCUGACCCAUCUUGUGGUGUUUGCCCUGAAGUCCUAUAGUGAAAGGGAGCUUGGGAUAAGCUCUCUAAGGCUACUACAUGCCCUGCAUCCUAUCACCUCCUUGCACCCUGUUAUCAACUCAAAUGUGGGCCAGCUGUGGAUGAAGGAGAUCCCCCAGAUGUUGCAGAUUCUGGAUGGUCUGUUUGUUUGGACCAUGUUCUGCACUGAGCAGAUAUGCAGCCCAGAGUUCUGUGCCUCCAGAUUUCCGAGAACACUCUUUCUUGUGCUCAGAGGAUCGGCAAAGAGUGUGGGCUUUGGAACCAGAGACCCAGAUCACACUGAGAAGAAUCUGGAUCAGGAGGAGUGGGAGGACAGGCUGCUCCAGUUUUCAAGUCAGUCGUUAGUGGCCAUCAAUGAUGACAGCUGGCUGGAGCAACUCAUCAAGGUUGUCUAGGAGAGGAUAAAUUAUUUCAGCGAUGGUGAGGAGAAGGAUUUUCUGUAUAAAUUCUUUGGAUUUACCUUGCGGACCUCAAGGAAUAUGAAACUGG